AUGAAGCCGGCUAUACCGGAUCCUGCGGACAAGAUGAUGGAGACCCUAUUCACUCGUAUUGGUCAUGCUCUUGUUUAUGCUUUAGGAAAAGGCGUUGAACCAGCACUCACGCAAAUGAAUUCGUUGACGUUAAAGAGUCGUUUGCUUAUGGAAUUCGUACAAUCAGACGUAGCAUACCGAGCAAAGCCGAAACUCGACGAUAUGGACAAUGAGCAGAAAAACUGGUGGGGCUAUGACCAUGUCGCGCUCCGGUUAUUGGUGAAAUUAAUUGAGCGACGCACUUACGCCUUGCGAGGACAGUCGAAUUCACCGAGAAGAGACAAUACGGACAACAACAACAAAUGUGGAUCUCAACAACUGCGCUAA